AUGGAAGAUUUAGGGAAUAAAUAUCUAAAUCAGCAGAAAAACAUGAUGGAAACCCAACAGCAACAGAGUGCACCGCAGCAGAUGGAACUGCAAAACCUCAAAAACAAGAUUGCCGAUGAAAGUAAAAAGAUUGAAAAAGAUUCUUUCAAACCAAUGAGAGAUUCGUUGAAUAAAAUGGAGAAAAUGAGGGAUCAGCAAGCUAAAAAGAUAGUUUCGCAGCUAUCAAACGAUUCCAAGGCUGUUUACAAAGAUUUGAGUUCGAAAAUCACUCAAACAAUCCAGAAUUCCGAAGUUGGAAGGGCAGAGAUGGCAAUUAAUCAGAAGAUAAGCAAUUUCGAGAAGAACUCUGAGCAAUUGGACCAAAAUCCGAAAGAAAAAACUCCAAUUCAGAAAAAUGACGAAAUAAUUAACUUCCAAAACCAAAUAAUAGCCGACCAACAGGCAAUGAAUCAGAAUGUUGUUGCAAAAGCCCUCAUUAAAAUGAAGCCAAAGCAAAAGAAACCUUCUAAACAAAAAGAAAACGAAAAUGAGGAAGAAGAUGUCCAGAAAUCAAUGCUCCAACAGAUGAUUAAAUACCAGAAGUCCCAGGAGAGCCAUUCUAACGACAGCCAGCAAACAAACAGUCCAAAUGACCAAAAUCAAGAAAUUUCUGAAGAAAAUCUCGUUGAAAGUGACUCGGAUGGAGAUCCAAUUCUCCUCUCAACCAAAGAUGAUGAUUCUCCUCAGCUAAUUGAUUCAAAUUCGACUGAUACAACUAAAUACAAAGAAGAGGAAGAAAUAAAAGAUUUAGAUUCACUUCCAAUACUUUUAGAUGAUAUUCCUACGUUGCCUAAAGACAAUGAAAAGAUUAAUAAGUCAUCUGAUGAUGACAACCAGUGA